AUGGCGAGAGCCAAAGCGUCUGCUGCGCGCAAGACUUCUGAUGUUCCCAUAACUCUAGCCGCUUCGAGAACUCGCAGAGGCAAGGCAGCAGCUUCGAGCACACAACCGUCGAUCGCCAACACUUCAGAUAUUGACGACGACGAAGAUGAUCUGAUCACAGUUGCUCAGCCUACAGUGCAGCGGCGUGUCAUGGAAGCUGUCGUCAUCCCAGUCAUACGUCGCUCGGCAUCUGGCAAGCUUGCAAUCGACAGUGCUUCGAACAGCUCGGUCGAGGCAGCAUCAAUCGCAAACACCUCCAUGGAAUCCUCGCCAGACUAUGAGACUCCUGCCACAACGCCUGGUGACCUCCGCAGUGCUUCGAAAACGACAAAACGAAAGCGAUCAGCACUUGACCAGUGCGCAACUCCUAGCAGUAAUAAGGCGACCGCGAGUACGGAUGAGGCUUUGGCUGUCCAGCUUCAAGAGGAGGAGUAUGACUACUUCCAGGCCGGCUCGUCUAAGCGGGCCCGAGUUGUCGUAGACGACAGCGACGACAUUGACAGUGUUUUGAGCGAGCCCAUGUCAAUCGACUCGGUCCAGCCCGCAAAGCGCCAGUCGUCGACGAAGCAGUCUGUCGCCGACCGCGAAGUUGUGGGAAGACGCACGAGUCGCAGGGCAACUCGUAACACCACGGAAGUCAGCACAUCGGCUUUCGACGACGAGAUUGAAGAAGCCAUUGAUGACAGUGAGCUAUCGGAGUUGGAAGAGCUUAGUGAGUUCGAGGAUGACGAAGCAUCCGCUGUUGGAUCGGAGGACGAAGAGCUCGAGAACAGCGACAUGGAGCCUGCGGGCCCUGUCGCCGCAGCUGAGGAUGCGACCGAAUCAGAGCAAGCCUCAGCUCAGGCUCCCGCUCGUCGUCGUCGCCGCGGCCGCCAGUCCGUCAAUUCACGCAAUGGAAACAGUACAGAGGCUCGGCGGCAGCGAUUCCGCGCGCGUUUUGAAGCUAUGAGGUUAUCGCGCAAAGAUCGUGAGCGGCAAAAGCUAGAAAAGUCGCAUCCUGAGAUUAAAACAAUGUGGAACGAUCUCGAGAAGAUACCAGUACUCAAGCCAGACCCAGUUGCACAGCCAGUGAGCAUCAAUCGACAACUCAAAUCCUACCAGCUGGAAGGAGUAGCUUGGAUGAUUGCGCAAGAGAAGAGUCACUACAAAGGAGGGCUGCUCGGAGACGAAAUGGGAAUGGGCAAGACGAUUCAAGCCGUAUCAUUGAUCAUGUCUGACUGGCCUCAAAAGCAGCCAACGCUGGUCGUUGUGCCGCCCGUGGCUUUGAUGCAAUGGUCAGCUGAGAUCACCGAAUACACCGAUGGCAAGCUCAAGGUCUUGGUGUAUCACGGCCAGAACAGUAAGGUCAAGAAUAUGUCGCUCAAGGAUCUGAAGAAAUUCGACGUCAUCAUGAUCUCUUACAACAGUCUCGAGUCGCUGUACCGCAAGGAGACGAAAGGAUGGAGUCGUGGCGAGGACAUUGUCAAGGAAGACUCAUUGAUCCACGCCAUGCAUUUUCAUCGUCUCAUUCUCGAUGAGGCGCACAGUAUCAAGUCACGCACCACUGGCGUUGCAAAGGCCUGUUUUGCGCUGAAGGGCACAUACAAAUGGUGUCUGUCGGGUACUCCGGUCCAGAACCGAAUCGGCGAGUUUUUCUCGUUACUACGCUUCCUCGAAGUCCGUCCGUUUGCGGACUAUUUCUGCAAGCGAUGCCCUUGUUCUAUACUACACUGGGAGCUCGACGUUGAACACAUGUGCAAGGGCUGCAAGCAUUCUGGGAUGGAGCACGUCUCCGUGUUCAAUCAGGAGCUGUUGAACCCGCUUACUCAAUCCGAGGAGGUCGCUGAUCGUCACAAAGCCAUGGAGAAGCUCUACCUCAUCACAGCUCGUAUCAUGCUUCGUCGCAUGAAGCGCGACUAUGUAAGCUCCAUGGAAUUGCCACCGAAGGAGGUGGUCGUACACAACGAAUUCUUUGGUGAGAUCGAACGCGACUUUUCCUCCAGCAUCAUGAGCAACACAGCCCGACAGUUCGACACAUAUGUCUCUCGUGGUGUGAUGCUGAACAACUAUGCCAACAUUUUCGGUCUCAUUAUGCAAAUGCGUCAGGUGGCCAACCACCCCGAUUUGUUGCUCAAGAAGCAUGCGGCGCAGGGACAAAACGUGCUAGUGUGUAACAUCUGCGAUGAGGUCGCCGAGGAAGCCAUUCGCUCCAAGUGCAAGCAUGACUUUUGUCGUGCAUGCGUCAAGAGCUACGUGCAGUCCGUGGAGGAGAACGACGGAGAAGCCGACUGUCCUCGUUGCCACAUCCCUCUCUCCAUUGACUUUGACCAACCCGAGAUUGAGCAGGAUGAGGACGUGGUCAAAAAAUCAUCCAUCAUCAACCGCAUCAACAUGAAGGACUGGACCUCGUCGACCAAGAUCGAAAUGCUCAUCUAUGACCUGUGGAAACUCCGCUCGAAGAAGCAAACGUUGAAAUCGAUCGUCUUCUCGCAAUUCACAUCCAUGCUCCAAUUGAUCGAAUGGCGUCUCCGCCGCGCUGGUUUCAACACGGUCAUGCUCGACGGUUCCAUGACACCCAUCCAACGCCAAAAGAGCAUCGAGCACUUCAUGACCAACCCGGACGUGGAGAUCUUCCUCGUGUCCCUCAAGGCCGGCGGUGUCGCCCUCAACCUGACUGAAGCCUCCCGCGUCUUCAUCGUCGAUCCCUGGUGGAACCCUGCUGCCGAGUGGCAGUCCGCCGACCGUUGCCAUCGUAUCGGCCAGAAACGCCCCUGUGUGAUCACGCGCCUGUGUAUCGAGGACUCGGUCGAAUCGCGCAUGGUCUUGUUACAGGAGAAGAAGGCUAACAUGAUUAACGGCACUAUUAACAACGACAAGACUUCGAUGGAGAAGUUGACGCCCGAGGACAUGGAGUUCCUGUUCCGCGGUACGUGA